AUGGCCGUGGACACCUCGCUCCGGCCGCUGCCUCUGCUCCUCCUGCCGCCGCUGCUGCUGCUGCUGCUGCUGCGCGCCGGCCCCGCGCGCGCCGAGAGCAAGGUCUUCGGGGAGGUGGACCAGGUGCGGAUGACCUCGGAGGGCUCGGACUGCCGCUGCAAGUGCAUCAUGCGGCCGCUGAGCAAGGACGCGUGCAGCCGGGUGCGCAGCGGGCGGGCGCGCGUGGAGGACUUCUACACCGUGGAGACCGUGAGCUCCGGGUCCGACUGCCGCUGCUCCUGCACCGCGCCGCCCUCCUCCCUCAACCCCUGCGAGAACGAGUGGAAGAUGGACAAGCUCAAGAAGCAGGCGCCCGAGCUCCUCAAGCUGCAGUCCAUGGUGGACCUCCUGGAGGGCACCCUGUACAGCAUGGACCUGAUGAGAGUGCACGCCUAUGUCCACAAGGUGGCCUCCCAGAUGGACACGCUGGAAGAGAGCAUCAAGGCCAACCUGAGCCGGGAGAACGAGGUGAUGAGGGAGAGCAUGCGCCACUUCGGCGAGCAGCUGAAGCACUACGAGAACCAGUCGGCCAUCAUGCUGAGCAUCAAGAAGGAGCUCUCCAGCCUGGGCCACCAGCUGCUGCAGAAGGACGUGCCCACAGCCCCCGCCGCUGCCCCCGGCCCCGCCCCCGGGCCUGGCAGCAAGGCACAGGACACAGCUGGAGGGAAAGGCAGAGACAGCAGCAAAUACAGCAGCACGCAGAAGAGCUUUGCAGACAGGGCCCUCCCAAAACCUCCUAAGGAGAAGCUGCUGAAGGUGGAGAAGCUGAGAAAGGACGGUGGCCAGGGCCGGUUCCCCCAGCCCACGGGCAGGCCCCGGGCCCUGGCCCAGCAGCAGGCGGUGAUCCGAGGCAUCACCUACUACAAGGCGGGCAGCAGGGAGGCGGCCGAGGCUGACAACGCCCUCAGGGGCACCGCCUGGCUGGAGCAGCUGUCGCCCAGGGAGGAGGGCAGGCCCCCAGAGCCCAACUCUGCCGAACACGAGGAGGCUGGGCCCAGGGCUACGGAGGGAGUGGACGUGGCCCCUGGCACCCCUUCCUCGAAGCCAGCCGUCACCCCAACCCCCGCUCCCACCACCAGUCCCCUGCCCACCGAGCCACCCUCACACCCAGAAGUCCCCAGGCAAGGCAGGGAGGCCAGCUGCGAGGGCACCCUGCGGGCCGUGGACCCCCCGGUGAGGCACCACAGCUACGGGCGCCACGAGGGGGCCUGGAUGAAGGACCCGGCCGCGCAGGAUGACAGGAUCUACGUCACCAACUACUACUACGGGAACAGCCUGGUGGAGUUCCGCAACCUGGAGAACUUCAAGCAAGGCCGCUGGAGCAACAUGUACAAGCUGCCCUACAACUGGAUGGGCACGGGCCACGUGGUGUACCGCGGCGCCUUCUACUACAGCCGCGCCUUCACCAAGAACAUCAUCAAGUACGACCUGCGCCAGCGCUUCGUGGCCUCCUGGGCGCUGCUGCCGGGCGCCGUGUACGAGGACACCACGCCCUGGAAGUGGCGCGGCCACUCGGACGUCGACUUCGCGGUGGACGAGAGCGGGCUGUGGGUCAUCUACCCCGCGGCGGACGACGGCGGCGACGGGGCGCAGCCCGCGGUGAUCGUGCUGAGCCGCCUGGACCCCGGCGACCUGUCGGUGCAGCGGGAGACCACGUGGAAGACGCGGCUGCGGCGCGGCUCCUACGGCAACUGCUUCCUGGUGUGCGGCAUCCUGUACGCCGUGGACGCCUACAGCCGGCGCGAGGGCCAGGUGGCCUACGCCUUCGACACGCACACGGGCACCGACGCCCGCCCGCAGCUGCCCUUCCUCAACGCGCACGCCUACACCACCCAGGUGGACUACAACCCCAAGGAGCGGGUGCUGUACGCCUGGGACAACGGCCACCAGCUCACCUACACCCUGCACUUCGUGGUCUGA